AGUCGCAGACUCCGCUGCAUGCCGAGCAGCAACCCGAGCAGUGUCCGAGCGCGGUGCCAGUGAACAGUGUUUUCGUGAAUAAGUUACUUAAGUGAGGGAGUGCUUCUUACUAUGUCAUCGCCCUCGUCCACCCUCGAUGGUCUACCAAAACAAUUCGUGAGUGCGAUGCGUACUCUUUUCGACAUUAUGGACGAUAAACACACAGGAUUUGUUAGUUUUUCCGAAAUAGAAAACAGAUGGCAAGAUGAUAACACUAAAGGAUUGCCUAAGGGCGUUAUAGAAAGCCUCAGGAAAGUCACCCCAUCGAAUGGUAUGUUAUCCUUUGAGAGAUUUUGUGCUGGACUUAAAAUAUGUCUCUUGAGAAAUCAAGUUGAUCGAAGGGACGCGAAACUUCAAGAACCCAUAAACGUAAAACCUAACCGCCCUCCUUCAGCCCCACUUCUUGACAUAGACAACCCCCCAAAACCACCAAAUUGGGGUAACACGGCAGCAAUACGUCCUAACAAUGUUAUAACACAACAACGAACCCUGUCGAUGCCACAACUUUUGCCAGAACGAAAAGAAGGAAGUGUAGAAACCGUUGAUAAACACGCAUUUGAAAAACCAGUUCCGAACAUAAACAAACCCAUGCUUUUCGGUCCUCCAAAGCCUCCCCGCUCUGCCGUUGGCUUGGAACGAGCGGCAACAGCGGGAAACCUUGAUAGGGCUGAAAUACGAACGGCUUUACAAAAUUGGCAAAUGGGCGUUAUGAUGAAUGACCAAGAAAACAAAAACGGCGAGAAACGCCAAGGACCACAAUAUAACGGAGGUUUAUUAAGAACCAGCAGGAGCAUGGGAGACGGGAAAGCAGCUAUGCAGGGUGAGGUACAAGGGGUGCAGGGAGGAAUUUAUCAGAAAAAACCUAAUCCAAGAAGGAGGGAACCGAGAAGGCAUACAUUACAAAACGGCAUUGAUUAUAGCAUGUUAAAACGAAUGAAGCAAAUAGAACAAGAAAAGGAAGUUUUAAUGCAAGGGUUGAGUGCGGUGGAAAAAGCCAGGGAUUGGUAUAUGAAACAAGUGUCAAUCGUACAAGAUAAAAUGAAGUAUCUCGGAAGAAUGGGUCAUGUGGAACAUUGGUCUGAAGCACACCAGGAGCGGUUAGAACUUCAACGUGCCAGAGUGCUGGAAGUGAAUCGCCAUCUCGCGACAUUAACAGAAAGUUGGGAAAGAGGAGGACUUCCGCUUCAUAUGAACCUAGCUGUAAACCAUUACCCGCCAAUUCAUCCACCUCCACAAGAUAUAACGAAUAGAUUAAAACAGCAAAACAGAUUACUUACCGAGGAAGUUAGCAAAAAAAGUGAACGAAUAUCAGCACUGGAAAGAGAAAAGGCCAAUCUAAUCCAAGUCCUACAGAUGAGAUCAGUCCCUUCUAAGAGGAGUAAUGUGCAAGAGGAAGCUGUAUUUUAAUUAAAAACACUAGUGUAAUAAUAAAUAUACAAUUUAUUCAAUAAGAUACAUUUUUGUACAAACUUUAAAAAAUGUGAUUUUGUGAAGAUUUGUGAGUUACCUGUUUUUAUUAUUUUUUUUUUGACAAAAUAUAAAUGAAGUAUUUGGUGCCAUAAAAUUAUGAAGGAUCAUGACAUUGUAUUACAGAACAUUCAACUGUCUGGAAUUGUUCAUAUACACGAUAAUUCAGAAAUGUUUAAAAAUAUCAAUAAUAUUUUAUAACACGCAUGUUAGUUGUGAUGACGCCAUGUUUUAUUAAAGUAGAUGAAUGUUGUGAUUGUAGACAAAUCAAACUGAUUAUGAUAUUACCACAGCAAUUCAUCUAAACGCUUCAAAUAAAUGUUUUAUGGAAACGUUUGAUAUAGACUAUAGGGUUAUGGGCACAAGAAACUUGUGUUAUUUAGAAUCUUACAUAUUAAAUAAUUUGUGCCAUUAAAAUACAUAUGUCUUUUUAAAACAGACAAUUUCAUAAUUUUAAGUAAGACAUACUUACUUGUACCUAUUUAGAUACUACUGAAUUAUUAUGUAUUAUAUUUGAAUAAUUGUAAAAGAAGGACUCCAUAUCUCACUUAAGUGAUAGAGAUUUUUAUAUUUUUUGUAAAAGACAUUAAAAUAUAUCAACUGUUUAUAUUAUUUUGUGAGUUUUUAUUAUUAAGUGAUAAAGUGCCCAACAAACACCAUUAGAGUAUGAAAGUG